GAUGCCUCUUAAGGCAGUGAAAAAUUGUGUAAUCCUAAAUUACAAUACGGAGUACCGUUUUAUUAAGUGAUUGCUUAAUAAGAGAGGAUAUCUGAUGUCAACAUGACUAAAAUUUGAAAGUGUGUCAGGAGGUUGAACUGUUAAAGAAAAAAACAAAAACAAAACAAAAAAAAAAGAAAUAAUUAAAAGGAAACUUACACUUUCCAAAAGAUAAAAAAAUAUUAUUACAUAGAAAAUAGAGAUCAUCGGGAUAUACAUAUAUAUUUAUUAAUGAAAUAUAAAGGCUUAAGAAAUCGAUGAAGUCAUCGAUUAUUGAUACACAAUAAUCAUAUAAUUUCUUUAUAAUUAAUAUUAGACCGAAACGAUUUGCGUUAAGAAAUAAUAUUAGGAAUGUUUUUGGUAACGAUGUGACCACGUAUGACGCCGUCUCGAACGUCAUGAUAUUUCUGCGCAUGCGCGUCGAACCUGUUCAUUACAUCUGGCAUCACUGUAGAGUACAGUAGACAUACAUAGGCGUACACCCGUAGAUCGGCGUCCAUUUCGUUUGUAUGAUGGUAGAUCACAAAGAACGGGAUUUUUAUUCUCAAAUGGAUCCGCGAUCAAAGAACGAUGACCCGCCUAAUUCGCGUUUAUUCGUUAUUUGUCACAAGUCUCUCGAGGAAGAUGACAUACGGAAAGCCUUUGAGAAGUUCGGCAAAAUCGAGGAUAUCUGGGUCGUUAAAGAUCGAAAUACUGGCGAGAAUAAAGGGGUUACGUAUAUCAAAUUUUCCAAGACGUCAGAAGCUGCAUUUGCGUUGGAGGAAAUGAAUGGGAAAAUGCUGGGCAUGGUUGGAAGACCUAUCAAAGUGAUGAUCGCUUCAAAUCGUGAUCAAGGAUCUGUGAGAGAAACGAAUGAAGAGGAAAGAUGGGUCAGGUUGUUCUGUGUACUACCAAAGUCAAUGACCGAUAGUGAAUUACAACAAGAAUUUUCUAAAUUCGGUCAAAUAGAAUAUGCGACGGUAGUUAAAGAUCGUAAUACAAAUGAAUCUAAAGGUUUUGGUUAUGUCAAAUUUAAAAAAGUAUCCAGUGCAGCGAAAGCGUUUGAAGAAUGCGAUAGGAAAUAUAAAGCAGUGUUUGCAGAACCAAAGAAACCGAAGCCUGAAAAUAUGGAUUCUAAAUACAAUAAUGGCUCUUCUAUGUCUUACGAUAGUCUUGGUCAUACUUCUGCAAAUUUUGGAAAAAGCAGCAUCAGUCUAGAUAUAGCUACAAAUUAUCCAAAUCCUGAAGGUUAUACUCAAUUACAAGUUAUUGCGCAUCCAGCUUUAAAUCAAGACCAGUUGUGGAAAUUAUUUGAUAUAGUUCCUGGUAUGGAUUAUUGUCAUUUAAAAACGGAUGCAAGAUACAGGAUGCCAAGAGGACAAGCCAUUGUGGUGUAUUCAAAUCCAAACGCAGCAGCAUACGCUAGGGAAAAAUUUCAUGGUUUUGAAUAUCCUCCAGGUCAUAGAAUGAUAGUUAAACCAGAUACAAGUAAUAUGUCAUCCAAAGGUUCAUCGAAACCUAGCUCUAACUCAGCUGUACCGGCAAGGACAGAUUUAGCACAUUUAGCUGAAACUAUUGCUCAAGCUACGUCGCUGAUUCAAGCAGCAGGACUAACAGCACCAAGCUUAGAACAGACAAUGUGCAUCAAAUUACCACCUGUGCAACCAAUGGCGAAUGUGGAUGCAGAGGUAGCCAAACGAUGUUUCAUCGUAUGUGGUCCACCCGUACCACCUAUAUAUGCUAUGAAAGAUGCAUUUUGUAGGUUUGGUAAUUUAAUAGAUGUAUAUAUGCUUCCGGGAAAAAAUUGUGGUUACGCCAAAUAUGCCACCAUUGCGAGUGCAGACGAAGCUAUUGAGGUUCUACAUGGGCAAGAAAUAUGUGGUUCUCGUCUUAAAGUAUUGGAGGCAGAGGAACGAAGCGUUGGUGAAGAUCGUAGAAAACGAUUAAGAGUUGACGAAGACGAACGUUAAGCUUAUUGUGUACUGUACUGACUGGUAUACACAAGCUGGACGCACGCAACGAAAGAGACGAAUUUUAAGACUCACUUGACCACGUUGGGCCUGCAUCCAAGGAAACAACAACUAUCUACUUUAAUAAUUGAUUACGUUCGCAGCUACAUUACUAAAACUUCACUAUUGCUUUACUUUAUCCUUACAUAUCGUUACACAUACAUUUCCCAUUUCUAUUUUCUUAUUUCGACAGGCCUUUGCGAAAAAAAAAGAAAGAAAACAAACAAUUUUGUUCCGAAGCUAUUAAUAAAUUUUGUUGCAUCGAUAUUUUUGCCCAUAUAAAGUGCAGGCAGCAUAGUGUGUAGACGUAAAUAUAUUUCGAUUGUAAAUAUAUUUUAACGUUAGUUUUUUCUUUUCUAUUAUUGAAAUUGCCAGUGCAUUAAUAAGAAAACAAGAUCUAUUUUCGAAAUCCAGUGGUAAUAUAUAUACAUAUAUAUUUAUGUUUCAUUUUUUUUUUUCUAUUAUUAAAAUUGAUAGCGAAUCGAAGAAUGAAAUUUGCAAAGAUUUAAUUGUAACUUCAACUUAUCAAUAGAAGUGCAGCAUAAUAGCGUUUUUUUUUUCCAUUUCGUAAAUUACAUUCAACACAGUUGUUCAAAAUAAAAAUGUGCGCAAAAUAUGCGAGUGAUAAAUCGAAGCAUGCUCUUUUUUUUUUUUAAGAGUAUUUUAGUUUCUCAAUAUUACUUUAAUUCUCUUUUAUUUUGCAUAUACGUACAAUUAUAUCUGAUUUUUUGUUCUCUAUUUUCAACUGAAUUAGAUUAUCCGAAAAAAAGAUUAAGUAUUUUUAUUUAUCUCUUUAAUUUUAUCAUUAUAUAUAUUCGAAUGUAUGUUCAAUUUGUGUGAUGUAUUUUGCAUGCGAAUUUAUAAAUUCUUGCAGAAAUUUACAACUUACAUACAACUGAGCAAUUAAAAUAUUAUGAGUAAUUCAUUAAGAAUGAAUAUUUAGUUCUUACUGGAAUGUGUAUAUUAAUUUCUGUUUAUUUUUCUAUAUAUUUACAAUUCAAAGAAAAUUUAAAAACGCGAUUAAUUUAUUAUAGAAUGCAUGGAUUUUGGAAAUAGAAUAAAAAUUCAUAUAUAUAUAUAUAUAUAUAUAUAUAUAUAUAUAUAUAUAUAUAUAUAUGGAAUGAAUCUGAGUAACAAUAUACAUUAUUGUAUAUAAAUAUAUAUAAAUACGCUUAUAUAGCAAAAUUGAUAACUGUGUUGAUACAUAACGAAUUAUGUUAUUAAAUGAAAAAAUAUCAUUCGCACAGGCCCUUAUAAAUAUAUAUACAUACAUACAUAUAUAUAUGUAUAUAUAUAUAUAUAUACACAUAUAUCUGUGCUAUGGAAUUAGUCAAAAAAAAAACAGAUAUAUUUUGUAAUUUACACCAAAAUUUUGUAUACUUGUCUAAAAUAAUGGGAUAUCGUAUGAAACGUAACAUGAUUUACCUUAAAUUCUGUACAUGCCCAAAAAAUUUUCACUGCAAUAAGAUUGGAUAAACUUAAUUUAAUGAAGUACAGCAUCUAUUUAAUAUUUAGAAAUAUAGAAUAUUCUAUUGCCAAGAUGUGAUAUCAAAAUAUCAUAUGGUGUGUGAAUUUAACAAAAAUAUAUUACGUUAAAAAUAUUUCAUAAGAUUUUAUAUAUAGAAUAAUUUUGGCGCACGUUAUAAAUGUUUCGAAUUCAUGGUCGCCCAAGGUGUCCAUAGAAAAAUUAAUUAAUAAUAACAUUUUUAGUAAUAUUCAUUAUAGAUAUAUAAGAAAAUUAACAAAAAUAUCACUGUUGUAUUUGAUGAGCUUACUGCAGUGAAAUUUUAAGAGGAUAUAACAUCAUAUACUUUCAAAGCUAAAAUAAAUACAUCAUUUGACAUCAUGGGACAUAUUUGUCAAAUACUAGUAAUCAACGCACAAGUAUGUUUUGUCAUGGUUCACAUUGCACCACAUGUGUUAGACUUUUACUUUACUUUACGACUAUACGCAAUAGAAAUUCGGCGGACUGUAACUGUGACUUAUUUUAAAAUUAUAAAAUACAUAUUCAAUAUGCAAAAA